UUUGAAAAGAGAAUUUCAGAUGGUCAUGGUGCAGGAGCUCUGUUGCAGCAUGGAAGCUCACUGGAGAUUCAAGAGAGGAAGAAGCAGACUAGAUUUUCAGCUUUUUUUUUUUUUUUUCCUCUCUCUCUCUUGAAGCUGAACUGUCAAGUCACAGAUUUGAACAAGGAGGCAUCUAUUUCUUUCAACAAUAACUCAGGACCUUCUACAAAGAGUCACCCAGCUCACUGUGCCAGAGGAUCAGAGCUGAGAAUCAUUCUGGUGGGCAAAACGAGAACUGGCAAAAGUGCGACAGGGAACAGCAUCCUCCAGAAGCCAGCAUUUGAGUCCAGGCUGAGUGCCUGGUCCUUGACACAGACUUGCAGUAAGAGUCGGGGCAGCCGGGGAGACAGAGAGGUGGUGGUUAUUGACACAGCAGAUAUGUUUUGCAGGAAGGACCCCUCUGACUCCCUGUUCCAAGAGGUGCAGAGGUGCUACCUGCUCUCUGCCCCAGAACCCCACGUGCUGCUCCUGGUGAUGCAACUGGGCCAAUUCACCACGGAGGACCAGCAGACUGUUCAGGGGGUGAAGGAGAUCUUCGGAGAGGGUGCCAUGAAGCACACAGUUGUCAUCUUCACCCGAAAGGAAGACCUCGAGGGAGGCUUCCUGAGGGAUUUUAUCCAAGGCACAGACAACAGAGCCCUAAGCAAGCUGGUGGCAGCAUGUGGGGGGCGAGUGUGGUCCUUUGACAACUAUGCUACAGGGAGCACCUGGGAUGACCAAGUGAAGGAGCUCAUGGACUUGAUUGAGAGCCUGGGGACAGUGGAAAGGGGUGACCACUACACUAACAGGCUGUACAGCCUUCUACAGUCAGAAUGUGGGCCUGUACAGUCAGAGGAAAGAUUGCAGGAUUUCAAAGGGAGCUUUAUAAAAUACAUGGAAGUUCAGAGACGUGGCACAAUCGUGGCCAAAGCGAGUUGCCUGAGAAAAGCCCUAACCCAAACAGUGCGGUGUGCUCGGGCGUCUGACGCAUUGCUCAGUCAGUUACUUUGUGUAUUCCACGAGACAUUCAAUUUCUUUUGCCGCUUACCCUUUAGUAUGUGCGGUUUAUUCUGUAGUUUACUGUUAGUCAUACCCAAAAAACUAGUGAUGGUUUUUAGAAAGACCGGUAGACUGGAAUGCAAGACUCCUGUGUCAUAGUUACUGAUCACUGCCUCUUCAUUCAUUGUCAUAUCCUGGGUAAGUUACAAGGCAAUGGCACCCCACUCCAGUACUCUUGCCUGGAAAAUCCCAUGGAUGGAGGAGCCUGGUGGGCUGCAGUCCAUGAGGUCGCUACAAGUUGGACACGACUG